UCAAAACCGUUGCACUACUUUUAAUUAAAUUUCAAAAAUUCACAGAGUGUCUCGUCUAUUAUCAUCGACUAUGGCGCUAUUUUAAUUACUCAAUGUCAAGUCAACAAGACUAGUCAAGUGUCGAUUGUUACAAUUAAUUUCUGGUUACUAUAAUUUAUGGCACCGUUCUAACUGCACACGGUCGUUACCUCGGCAGUGAACUGCUGCAAACCACCCCUAACAACACAAUUUUCAGAUGAGGAUUCGACCUGCAACAAUGGUGUUAGCCGUGCUCUCGUUUCUAACGUUCGCUGCUGCCGCUGGGUUGACAUCGUUAGCCGACGCCGUUUUGAUGUCGGUAGUUACUGCCCAAAACAACAGCAAUGGGUACACAGCCGAGUUAUUCGAUUGUCUGGCGAACGUGACCCGAACAUACUUUGACCGGCGGACCGUUUACAUGUACUUCCGACAGUCGGAAACAGCUGAGUACGCUGCUGCGGUGGAUGCAUUCGCCAUGGCCGUGCAGAGUCCCAAAGUGAUAGUGCCGUAUUCGUCGUUUAACGCACAUGCUUCGCCGCAACAGCCAUCGAGGGGCGAUGUAUUUGCAUUCCUGGCCGAAGACAUGCUAUACACGCAACUGCUGACCGCUAAGCAGCGAAGUCACUUCGUGGUGGUGUGGACAAGGCAGAUGCCCAUGAACAACAUCCGGCGCAUAUUUCGGCACUUCUGGGACACUGGCAAACACGUAAACGUGAUCGGGCUGGUCCGGAUGGACGGCGGUGGCGUGAACGCAUACACGUACCGGCCGUUCUCCAACUACGGGUGCAACAAGCUAGGCCGACCGUUUCUUCUGGACCGAUGGGUUGACGGGCGGUUCCAGCUUGGCACCGAUCUAUUCUCCGGCAUGCCAAAGACCGGUAACAUGCUCGGCUGUCCGCUCUGGUGUGCCGGCAACGAACAUCCGCCGGACACAGUAUUGCGGCCCGGUGACGGCACGCCACAGCAGCCGUUGUGGACCACUUCCGGCGUCGGCGGUAAGGUACUGGAGAUCGUGGCUAGGCACAUGAACUUCACACCGGUCAUCAUUUCACCAAAAGGUGACGUGUCAGAGAUGUACAGCUGGUACAACAGUGCCGAAGUGUUGGACAACAUAACCGCUAUGCUAGACUCAGAAGAAGCUGACUUGGCGUUCGGCUGGUAUUCGUACGCUACGCACAAUAGCACAUACAACACCAACACGGAACUGGCUCGAACCACGAGCAUUGACUGUCUGGGGUGGGCUGUUCCAUACCGGGCGGGCCCGCCACCACAGCCUUGGACUAAUUACGUUUACGAGUUCGACAAAAUCGGAUGGAUAUUCAUCGGCUCGAUGUUCGUGAUUGUUGUCGGUGUGUUCCAUUUCUUUCGAAAACUGAAAAAACUGCACCACGUGGACUCUGUACUGUUUUUCGUGUAUCACACGGCCAUCGACCAGCCGCUGGGCGUGAGACCUGUGUGGUGCAGUCUCCGCGCGUUCAUGGUGCACUGGCUGUGGUACUGUAUGGUCAUCAACGUGGCGUACAAAGCGUCGCUGGGUAGCUUCAUGACGGUACCCGCGCACGGUGCAGAGUUCACCCGAAUGGACGAGAUACUAGACUCAAAGCUGAUCACGAUGGCCACGCCGCGGUCGAUGCACAUAAUGAACGCGACGACGGCCACCACGCGGAUAUCGCGGACGUUCAUGAAGCGGCUUCAGCUGCUGCCGCCCACCAACUUCGAGCAGAUCAUUGACCGGCUGGUGGUAAAGCGCGACAUCGCCCUGUUCGAAGUCAAACGGUUCAUGUACUACUAUUCCAUACCCCAGGCCAAGCGCAUCAAGGUCAAAAUACCCAUACGGUUUCUGCCUGGAUGUCUGUUGCGCACACACACCACGCAGUUUAUGUUCAACGGUGGCUCGUACCUCAUCGAACCUGUCAAUGCUGUGCUCAGCACGCUCUUCGAGACCGGCAUUGUCGACCACUGGAUCAUACACUUGGGCUCCAACAAAGUGCUACCGCUGGAGAAAAUCCGUGGCCGGGUACUCAAGCUGGUCCGGCUCAAGGAAGCGUUCCUGUUCCUGUUUUUCAGCUACGCCGUUGCAUCUGCCGUGCUCGUUGUCGAGAUCUGUUGGUCUGCGAGAUUGCACCGUCGGCUAUUAUCUUGGCUCGGUCCGUAGCGCAUACACACCCGCUGCCCAAUCUCACGCGGUGGUCAUAAAUCACUAUUAGUAGUACUAUAGUAGUAGCACAAGUGGAACUGCAGAAGUAGUAAUGUUGGCAUUAUUAUUCUAUUGCCAGUAACAUCGUGUUACUGUUCGUCCGCUGAUAUUAUGAGACCGAGUUAUACAACUUAUACGGCUUGCAAUAAUAUUGUUAUAACUAAUACCUAUUUUAAUACAUUUCACUUGUCACGGUAAAGAUAUUCAAAAUGUCUUUACUAUUCAAUUCCCACGGUCAAUGUUUGACUUAAAACUUAAAAGUUAAGACUAGCAUAACAAUUUAGCAUUUUUUUGAAAAAUAAUUAUAAACUCAAAUUUUUAGCUGUUAACUUCAAAUGGUAACCUUGUUAUGUAUCCAUCUCAAAUCGCUUUACUUUUGUAAACCUGCAAUACUUAAAUUGAUUAUUUCAAAAUAAUAAUAUAUUAAUAUGUUACACUCAA